AUGUCUCAUGAUGAUUCAAAUCUGAAUUCAAACCCCAGCUCAAAUCCAACCUCCAAUCCUGUGUCAAAGCCGUCUGAUAUGGGCAGAUCAAGCAACGACAGUGGCUCCGAACCAUCAAUACAACAUUUUACGUUAGCCCCACUCGAACCACAAGGCGAUGAAGAGGAUAUGGAAAUGGGUGAGCCAAUAUCACGACAAUCAACCUUUCUUGAGAGAGUACAAUCUCGAUAUUCAUUUUUCCACGAGAAUUUGCGAGCUCAAAGAAAGGAAUUGUCCAUGAAAUAUCUUAAAAUUUAUCUAGUCAUGGCCAUUGGUUGCUUAGGAGUGUUUUCUAUAUAUUGGGGUUCAAUGUAUCAAAGAGAAACCCGAAUUAAAAACUUGAAAAUGUUGGUAGUUUUAGAAGAUGAAGAAAUUAAUGGCAUCCCUCCACUUUUUGGCAAUCAGCUUCGUGAUUUAUUGGCCACCCCAACGGCUAGAACACUCGGCGAUUGGAAAAUAUAUAACACUAGCGAAUUUGAAACUAUUGCAUCAAAACACAACAACACAAUAAAUGAAGAGGUCAUUCGUCAAAUUCAUCAUCAAAAUUAUUGGGCCUCGAUAUAUGUCAAGCAAAAUUCAUCUUAUAACAUAUACAAUGCAUUAGCCAAUGGUAAUCAGUACAAUGUCAGUGACUCUGUGUAUUGUUACUAUGAAACAGGAAGACACCUAACUAGUGUUGGCCCAUAUGUGGUGGCAUCUAUAGAUGCCAUUCAAACUAUGUGGUUGGAUCAAAACCUGGUGAUGAGGGACAUUGUGAGAAUUGGUAAUAUAACUCUUGACAAUGCAAACUCGGUUGCUGUCGCCACUACCGCCUUGGCAUUCCAAAUAAUUGAUAUGAGACCAUCUACUAGUGGAGUUUUAGUUGCAGCUUUACAAAUUGGUCUUCUUUAUCUUGUCAUUGUUAGUUUUUUCAGUUUCAAUUUUUUUGUCGAUAUACACCGAUCAGUGGCAUUAAUGGUGAAGCAAAGAAACUUUUUACUUUAUCGAGUUUUUGCAUCAAUCAUAUCGUAUUUUGUUAUCAGUUUAAUGUUUGGUUUGGUUACUUUAGCGUUUCAAGUUGAUUUUGCUGUUACAUUUGGUAAAUCUGGCUUCUUAGUUUACUGGAUGGUAACAUUUUUAACAAUGUGGAGUGUUGGAUUGGCUAACGAAUUGGCCGCUAUGCUCAUACUUACUAUCUAUCCACCAAUGGUUGGGUUUUGGUUGAUCUUCUGGGUAAUUAUAAAUAUCACACCCACAUUCACACCAAUUGCUUUGUUACCUGAAUUUUAUCGGUAUGGUUACGCCAUGCCAUUGCAUAAUGCUUUUGAAAUUUAUUCUGUUAUUUUUUUCAACACGUAUAAGGGAUUAAUAGGAAGAAGCAUUGGAAUCAUAAUUGCAUGGGUGGUAUUUUUAACAUUAAUGGCACCAAUAGUGGUGGUUUACUUUGGUAGCACUAUGAGUAAAAAAGCUGCUGCUGCCGCUGCUGCUGCAAAAAAGGAAAAGGAAAAGUCAAAGUAA